AUGAUUCAAGACAAUAUUUUGGUUGCACCACCUGCACAACCACUUGCUCCACCAGUAGUAGCACCUACAGUAACUUCUGCAGUCAGCCUCAAACUGCCUCCUUACUGGGCACAUGACCCCACCUUGUGGUUUACACAGGUGGAGGCACAAUUCACCACAAGGGGGAUCACAGUCGAAGCUACUAAAUAUGCCUAUUUAGUAGGCUCAUUACAGCCCGAGAUUGCACGGGAAGUGCGUGACUUACUGCUCAAUCCACCGGACGGUGAUCGGUAUGCCCUCCUCAAAGAGGCGCUAAUACGACGCACAUCAGAUUCUGAUCAAAAACGUCUUCGCCAACUCCUCGCUGCGGAAGAGUUAGGCGAUCGCAAGCCUUCACAGCUAUAUCGCCGUAUGCUGCAAUUGCUAGGGGAUCGACAGCUUGAACCCUCCAUAAUGAAGGAAUUGUUUUUGAGUCGCCUUCCUUCCAGCGUCCAACUUGUGUUAGCAUCAACUAAAGAUGAGUUGGACAUGCAAAAUUUGACAACACUUGCAGGUAGAAUCCUGGAAGUCUCUACAACUGCUCCAUCUUCUUCUAAUUUAUUAUCUAUUACAGAGGAGUCAACUAAAUCCAGCGAUUUACAUGAAUUGAAACAGCAAAUUCAACACCUUACAUGUAAACUGGAGGAAAUGCAAACGCAUAUUCGGGGCAGAAGUGAAAGUCGAGGGCGACAACAGCAUUUUCGCCAGCAAUCCCGUUCACCAUCACGCGAUAAACAUGUGAAGGAUGAUGUUUGUUGGUACCACAGAACAUUCGGAAGCGGCUCUCCGUAA